GUGCUACUGGACUCUUUAAUAUUUUUGAAAGAUGACUUUACUGUAAAGGCUGAACUCUGGCAGCUCCAAGAUUGGGGCGUGGGACCUGAGAAGAACAGGAGUAGCCUUUCCCCAGAGACCAUUUCUACUGCUCAGUGACACCCCCCAAGCCCCUCUUGUUCUUCCUGUGUCUUGUGGGUCCAGGACCAGCUGGGCCGACACUGCUUGGAAGAAGCAGCUCUCUCUUCUGCUGAUGCUAAGCAGCCUUUGCAUCCCCAGCUGCUUAAUCAGUGGAAAUGGAGCUGGGCUUGGUGGAGGCUCUUCUGUUCCAUGCCAGCUACUCCAUCUCCUAAUUGCUCUGGCAAGGGGAAACAUGGGAAAGCACAAGAUGUGGGCUGUUGGUCUGUGUUUGAGAGAGAUGAGAACAGUCAGUUAUAAGUGAAAUGACUUGUGCGCUUGGAUGGAUUUGAAAUGUGGCUGGCUGGGGAGAGCCCAAGAACCUGUUCCAUGUGUCAGUAGGUGGAUUUCCAUUUUACAUUGUCCUGCCCCGGAAACUGCCUCUCAGCAAAAUGAAGGAUCAGUGUUCUCUGCCUAUAUGUGCUCAGUUCAUGGGGGUGUCUGGGACAGGAUCCUGUCCCCCAAAUCCCUGUUGUGUGUGACUUGGGUUGAUGGGAGCUGUCUUUCCCUGUGUGACUUUCUGUUCUUUUGCUCUUCUGCAUUGAUUUGGAUGUUUGUCAGAAACGGGUCUGCCUCGGAUACAUCCAGAUCGUCCCCCGGUGACUUUUCUUGCUAUGGCAGAAGAACAGAGAGUGUGAAAAUAAUGACUGAAAAGGAGCUUCUUGCAGUGGCUUGUGAACAGUUCCUGGGAAAGAAUGUCCAUGAUAUUAAGAACGUGGUCCUCCAGACGCUGGAGGGGCAUCUGCGCUCCAUCUUAGGGACCUUGACAGUUGAGCAGAUCUACCAGGACAGGGAUCAGUUUGCCAAGUUGGUGCGGGAGGUGGCAGCCCCAGACGUGGGCCGGAUGGGCAUUGAAAUCCUGAGCUUUACUAUCAAGGAUGUCUAUGACAAAGUCAGCUACCUGAGUUCCCUGGGGAAGACCCAGACGGCAGCUGUGCAGCGAGAUGCAGAUAUUGGAGUGGCUGAAGCUGAGCGUGAUGCUGGCAUCCGGGAAGCCGAGUGCAAAAAGGAAACACUGGAUGUCAAGUUUAUGGCGGACACAAAGGUGGCUGACUCCAAGCGUGCCUUCGAAAUGCAGAAAGCUGCUUUCAGCCAAGAGAUUAACGUCAAGACAGCGGAAGCUCAGCUAGCAUAUGAACUGCAAGGAGCAAAAGAGCAGCAAAAGAUCCGCCAAGAGGAAAUAGAGAUUGAGGUUGUGCAGCGCCGAAAGCAGAUUGAUGUUGAGGAGAAAGAGAUCAUUCGUAUGGACAAGGAGCUCAUUGGCACCGUCAGAAGGCCAGCAGAGGCUGAGGCACACCGCAUGCAGGAGAUUGCAGAAGGAGAGAAGGUGAAGCAAGUCUUGAUUGCUCAGGCCGAAGCUGAGAAGAUCCGCAAAAUUGGAGAGGCUGAGGCUUCUGUCAUCGAGGCCAUCGGCAAAGCAGAGGCUGAGAAGAUGAAGCUCAAGGCGGAGGCCUACCAGCAGUAUGGGGAGGCAGCCAAGUUGGCCUUGGUGCUUGAUGCGCUGCCCCAGAUUGCUGCCAAGGUAUCUGCCCCAUUGGCCAAAGUAGAUGAAAUUGUGAUUCUCAGCGGGGACAACAACAAACUGACAUCAGAUGUGACCCGAUUGCUGGCUGAGAUUCCUGCAUCUGUACACGCCCUCACUGGGGUGGACCUAUCCAAGAUCCCCCUAAUCCAGAAAGCAACCGGAGCCCAGGCCUGAGAUGAGGCGAGUCGGUGAAGAGCACCCCUCACCCCGUUUAUGCACUCCCCAACAACUGCCUUGAACAUUGGGGGGCUCCUCCUCUUUUCAUCAGUGGAGAUAGUGGGGGCUUUGCUCGGGUGCCUUAUACCUUUUAGGACCAGAGUGGAGCAGGUCCACUGGUCCUUCAUUUCAAAGAGAGGCUUCUCUUCUGUAAAAUUCCUGUUCUGUGUCAUGCUAGCCAAACCCCUCUCUUGUCUGCUGUCUCACAAAGUCUGUGCCUUGACCAACCACUGCCCCCCCAGCUGCUGCUGUUGGGGCACGGAUGGACCCAAAAUGGAAAGGACUGGAACAGCUCCCCUGGAACAGAGAAAUGGGAUCCGCUAUUUGGGGUUGUUGCCUUCCACUCUUGGUGGUGAAGGACACGUUUGAGAUAAUUUUGCCUCAGCUGCUGCCACCCCUCUAAGGAAGGGGAGAAGAGGCAAAGAGGUGCCACCUGUAUGCUGGGUCUUUUUGAGCCAUAUCAGGCCAAAUGUCCUGUGCUGUCCAGACAUUGGUUCUCUGAAGGAGAGGUGACAGGGUUGGACCCAGUUGAGCCUUGAAGGCUGCUGUAUGUAGCCACAGCCUCAGUAAGCCUGUUCGUAAGCCUUGUGGCGCCUCCCACCAAAUGACCUGUGGGGAUCAAAGAGCUCAGUUGAAUCAAGGCCACGUUCUGUAUCUGCACUUGCACUCCCCACGUGUACACACACACUUGUAUUACUUCCCUGAUGUUUGGUGUUUAAUCAGUAUACAGAUUGUGCCUCCUUUUUGAUGCUAAGUUCUUACCACAUUGUCUAAUCUGCAAUGUCACCACGGCAGAAGCUGAAAACUCCUCAGAGGCUCUUGGUGUUUCUGCAUUCUGCUUCCCUGUGCUACCAACGAGCUGAAGAUGCAACUCCCCCCACCCCACCCCGGCUCUGUUCAGUCCAUGUGCUGGAGCCAGCUCUUUUCCUAUCCUCAGCUUAAGUGUCUCUGAGCCAGCACAAGAGGUGGCCACUGCCAGGGCUAGUCUUACUGUCUUGGUCCUGCCUAAGCUGAGAGUUUCCCCACAUGUUCUCCUGGCCCCUGAAUACCUGCUUUCAUUAAAGGCAUGCUAACGCAUGAGCAUGUGUGAAGGGUGGCAGAGUGGGAAACGGCAGCAGCCAAGCUAAGCGGCCUGAGCCAGCCCAGGUUGAAGGCGGCUGUUUUUUCUCUCCCCUCCUCUGUGCCUGGCCUAGUUGCCACAAGCAACCAUCUUUUCCUUCCUGCUGCUCUGUGCCAUGGGGUGUAGACCUUUCCCCCCCUAUUCUGUGCUGAGCACCUCCAUGCCACUUGUAUCUGCCUCAGAUAUAAAAGUGGUUCAGUGGAGCCAUCUAGGAUUUUUACCUGGGGGAAGGGGUGCUGAUUCCCCCAGGAGGUCCAGGCAGCUCCCACGGUGCCUCUUCCCCUGUUAAACACGGCCAUGCAAAUGCAUGCUUUGUCCAAAGUUGCUUGCGACCCCUUUGUGGCGCAUGGGAUCCUAAGGACGUUGUCCUGCGUUAUAUAUUGGAUUCUGUUCACCUUCUCAGGCUGCUUUUGGAGUGUCCUUGGUCCCCCCUCCAUGAAUAAUGUGAAGGUCAAAGGGGGGAGAAUGGUGGCAUGCAAAGUUCUAUGGCACUUGUGUGGAAGGGUCUUUUGGUGGGGUGGGGGAGGAAUUAUUAGCUGUGACUUUCCUUGAGGGGUUUGCGGGGACAUUGGAGGGCUUGGCUGAAGCCCCCCCCCCUUCAUUCCAUGCUCAAAGGGGUAGCAUUAAACCUGGUGCCUGAGAGGGAGAUGUCUGCCCUCCUCUCGGGCCAAGUCCUGCAUCUCCUCUUCCUCUACCUCUCCCCCCAAUUGUUCUCCUGCCACGGCCGCCAUACAUAUCUCUGCAUGUACAUGGUGCAUGACAGCCUGUGCCAUGGGUCACCAGGGACCUGUUGUUUAUCCAAGUGUGAAACAAUGUACAAUAAAAUUGUGGUGACCUUGC